AAUAACGGAUUUAUUUGUUUCCAAAAGACGAUUUUAAGUCUGCACAACGAUUUGAUGAUUGCCGCAGAGAACUUAGGAUCUUUAUAUUCGUUAUCGUUGCUCCUUUGGCUUGGCAAUUUAACAUUACAUACUAUCAACAGCAUGUACUUCAUAAUCAAGUGGAUACUUAUAAAUAAUUGGGAUCGGGUGACAUGGCCAUUAACUUUCUGCUUAAGCAAUUGGUUGUUUGGAUUUCUCUUACAGCUUGUAUUGCUUCAUAUUGCCUGUGAUUUCACCUCUUCUCAAGCUAAUUGUAUGGGUUCGAUUUUAAUCGAGUGGCAAGUAAGAAUGAUAAAAAAUGAAGAUUGCAUCGAAUUAUUAUUGCAAUUUCUAAAUCGAAGACUUCAAUUCUCCGCUGGUGGAUGCUUUUACGUGAAUUUGCCAUUAUUACGUUCGGUAUGUAAAAAAUCAAAGCAAUGCAAAAUACCCUAUAUAUAA